AUGCCAACCAUCAUUCUCGAGAGGAUAAAAUCUAAGAUCGAGUCUACGCUCAAAAGGCAUCAAGCGGGAUUUCACAGUGCUCGAUCAUGUGUCGACCACGUUAACACUUUGCGAAUUAUUCUUGAACAAUCUUCGGAGUACCAAUCGCCGACUUACCUCAUGUUCGUCGAUUUUGAAAAGGCCUUCGUUAGCGUUAGUCGUUAUGUUAUUUGGAGAUUUCUCGUUGCUAGAGGCAUUCCUGAUAAAAUUGUAGCUAUAGGACAGCUUUUCGAUGCAUUUGAAGUGCCUCAGGGAGUAAGACAGGGUGAUGUAUUGUCAACGAUUCUGUUCUUGCUUGCUAUUGAUGAUGUUAUGACUGCUACGGGGGGUGAACACGAGAAACUGGGUAUCCCAUGGCGCCUGCAGGAAACAUUAAGCCAUUUGGACUAUGCUGACGACAUAUGCUUAAUGGCAAACAGAAUUGGAAACUUCUGCCAAACGUGUCACUCUCUUCGACAAAAUGGGGAGGUGGCUGCCAGUGAAGUUAUGGACAUUUUGGCCUUAAUUAAUUCCGGUAUAAACUUUAUCCUUUACUGUGCCAUGAGCCGACAAUUUCGUACAACAUUUGUGUUGCUAUUUCGUCCGAAAUUCCUUGACAAAUGGCUUCCGGUCGCCCAGGACGAUGAUAUUGGCCGAACGGAUAUUGGUCGUGAUAAUAAUGGUCAUACACAAACGCAAGUAUCACAUGUGUAG